UACCAAUGUUUAGAAACAAGUAGAACGUUACGGGAGACGGACGUGCAGUGUCCCUUAGAAAAGUUUUGAAGUUCGCGCAGUGUUGUUGUGCGUUUAGUGCAAACACAUGGUUCGCCAUUCAAGCCACGGCAUGGAGCCUACCUUCUAUGACGAGCAGUACCCAAUGAACACACCCGUGGAGAACCUGAAGCGGACCCUCACGCUGGACCUGGACUUUGGUCGCGGAGGGAAGCGGGCGAGGAGCUCCGUGCCCGUGCUGUCCUCGCCCGACCUGCUGCAGCUGAAGCUGGCGUCGCCGGACCUGGAGAAACUCAUCAUACAGAACGGGAUGAUUACCACGGCAACGCCCACACCUGGAGGAGCGGUCCUUUUUCCUCAAGCGCCUACGGAAGCACAAGAAAUGUAUGCGAGACCAUUCGUUGAAAUCUUGGACAAAAUGCAUCACAACGAGCCCGAGGCGAGCGCGCGGCGAGUGUACGCUGACCUAGACCGGCCCGCGGAGCGCUACCCCACGCCCGUCGUCAAAGACGAGCCACAGACCGUGCCCAGCGCGUCCAACUCGCCGCCCAUGUCCCCCAUCGACAUGGACUCCCAGGAACGUAUCAAACUGGAGCGCAAACGGCAAAGAAACCGAGUCGCAGCUUCCAAAUGCAGACGUCGCAAACUGGAACGUAUCUCAAAGUUAGAGGACAAAGUGAAAAUAUUGAAGGGUGAGAAUGUGGAGCUGGCGGCCAUGGUGGUGAAGCUGAAGGAGCACGUGUGUCGGCUGAAGGAGCAGGUCAUGGAGCACGUCCAGGGCGGCUGCUCCAUCGAGUGCUGAGCCGGGCCCGCGGCGUCACCGACAUUCCAUGCUAGUCGCGUCCGCUCGGACGCAACAUACAAAGCGAUUUGUGAUCUUAAUUUUACCGUGUAAAAUAUAGUUAGUGAACUAGUGUUAUGUGUUGAAGUCGCUACGUUAACGUAUGAAUGAUGUGGGUUUAUUGUCGUUAAGUUUGCAUGAAAUCUGCGGCCAGGGUUGCAAAGCCUGUCAUUAGAAUCGAGGAGUUUGUAGGUGCAUUGGAGUGUGCAAGGGAUUUUGGCAGAUCACAAAGCUUCAGCUUGCUGUAAUAAUUGCGGUGCGAGUCUGUUUUCCUUAUUUCAGUAUUGUUGCUCACACUCAUUGUAUGUAGAAGCGAGCAUAAAACGUGCAACGUCAUUUACUUUUUAGAUACGGGGGGCCGACAAAUGCGAUGUUGCCGCUGCCACUCCUAUAAAAUUUUAAUCAACACUGCCUAAACUGUAGUUUUAACACUAAUUGAAGGUGCGAAAUAGUCCCUUGGCCAUCGUUUGACCUCAAUGUUAAAUUAGUUUAUGUAGUCGAGGACAAAAAAGAAUGGGAUAGCCAUUAAGUUGAGUCUGUAAUGUUUGUCAGUGGUGCAAAAGAGAUAGAUAUAGUAAAGUUGGCAACGUCGCAUCGGAUCAAGUCACGAGCGGAUGUUCUGCUAAUUAAAAUUCCGCCUGCGCCGCCCUCGCAGAGUGCGGGCCAUGUGUUCCACAGUGUUGUUCGGGCGUUCCCAAUCACAAUUUUUGUUGCACAAGGCUAUUUUUUCCUUGGAACAAUGCUGCGGUGAAAAGAGUUCAUUAGUAUUGCCUUGAUUGAAAUUAGUGCUUAUUGAGGGUGUGAAUGGACGAAUGAGAAUUUUCGUAUGGCUGAUGAAAUUAUGAGAAAGUUUGCGUUGCGCAAAAUUUUUACCCCCAAAAAGGUUUUCUCAGAACUGACCCGGUGCUCUUUAGGACGUGACUUGUAACUUGAGGCCGUCCGAUUAUAAUAUGUUAUGCUGUAGUGGACGAAUGGAAGAUGUUACACCAUUGGGUGACCAAUAGACAUGACGAGUGACAGACAUGAUUGAAUGAAUGAUGUAAGCAAGAAUGGACCUAUUUAUUACUAGUGAGAAUGUUCGUACCUUUAGGAUGAAGUAGCAAUCUCGAGUGCCUACGCUUUGUAAAGUAAAGCUAAAUAAUGUUUAAUUGUUUUUGUUACCAUAAAUGAGCUACAGCAAUUGUUCUGCCUGUACCAUUGUCUUCUAUAUAGGUAAAUGCAUAAGUAAUAUAGUACCAAUUAACAAGUUGAAUCGUUAUAGACUAUUGAGGGGCCUUCGCCUGCAAGACCUGUCUUAAAAGACUAUUUUUAUAUAAGGUCCUAAGUCCGAAGUGAAGAAACCUCGUUGUAUUAUUUUUUUAUAUGAAAUGAUUCGUCACGAAAUGUUAACAUUACUAUAGUAAGAUUAUAAGAGAUAAAGAACAGUUAUACUAAAAUAAUAUAUUUCUAUGACUUUAACAAAAAAGAAUAUUGUUUUAUACUGAAAUACAUAUUGUAUAAAGGAAAAGAAGAAGAAAAUAAUAAAUAUGAAGAUUUAUUAUACCAUUGA